UGGAGAGGCAGGCAGGCAGGACUUGUUGCAACAGAUGGCUUUACCAGCGGCGGCUCGGCGGCGGCUGCACAGAGGAACUCUGGGACGCCGUUAGACAGAGGAAAGGAGGGAGGGGUAUUAGAAAGUCACAGUGCUGGAACAGAGCGAGAAAAAGAGAGAGAGAGAGACUUCUUCAUCUUCUUUUUCUUCUCCUUCUUCCUUGUCUGUCCUCGUCUACAAACUCACGGUCCUCCUCUCCUGACGGACAGGAAGACAUGUCAGUGUGAGCAGCGGUUUGAAGGAGGAGAUGACUGUGUGAUCUGAGCCUUCGUCGUCCUCCUCCUCCUCCUCCUCGUCUCGCCGCUCGGGGUCAGCGAGGAGAACACCUGCUGACAGAGAGGAGGUCCCCGCUGAGCUGUCAAACACUGCAGAGUCACUGCGCAAGAGGGUGAGAGUGGACAGGGGAAGCAGCUGAUUGGUUGACAUUUUUGGGGAGGUCAGGGGUCGAGGGCCAUGGCGGGCCGACUCCUCCACUUCCUGUUAAUCUCUGUGACGCUCUGCCACGCCCACUUCUCCCCUGGCCAGCGUCUGAAGCCCCGCCUCCAGAGAGACCGCCGCAACAUCCGGCCGAACAUCAUCCUCAUCCUGACCGACGACCAGGACCAGGAGCUCGGUUCGAUGCAGGCGAUGAAUAAGACACGCCGCAUCAUGGAGGAGGGCGGGACUUCCUUCUCCAAUGCCUUUGUGACCACGCCCAUGUGCUGUCCGUCACGUUCGAGCAUGCUCACUGGAAAGUACGUCCACAACCACAACACCUACACCAACAACGAGAACUGUUCCUCGUUGUCCUGGCAACGGCAGCACGAGCCGCGGACCUUCGGGGUCUACCUGAACAACACUGGAUACAGGACAGCUUUCUUCGGGAAGUAUCUGAAUGAGUAUAAUGGCUCGUAUGUCCCCUCGGGGUGGAGGGAGUGGCUCGGACUGGUGAAGAACAGUCGCUUUUACAACUACACACUGAGCCGCAACGGAGUCAGAGAGAAACACGGAGCUCAAUACCCACAGGACUACCUGACCGACCUGAUCACGGCCGAGUCCAUCAGGUACUUCCGCUCUUCGAAGCGAGUUUAUCCUCACCGACCGGUUCUGAUGGUUCUGAGCCACGCAGCACCACACGGACCCGAAGACUCUGCACCGCAGUACAGCACGGCCUUCCCCAACGCAUCGCAGCACAUCACCCCCAGUUAUAACUACGCUCCAAACCCUGACAAGCACUGGAUCAUGCGUUACACCGGCCCCAUGAAGCCCAUUCACAUGGAGUUCACCAACAUGCUGCAGAGGAAACGCCUGCAGACACUUCUGUCUGUGGACGACAGUGUGGAAAAGCUAUACAACAUGCUGGUGGAGAUGGGCGAGUUGGACAACACCUACAUCAUCUACACGUCUGAUCACGGCUACCACAUCGGACAGUUUGGCCUCGUCAAAGGUAAAUCCAUGCCGUACGAGUUUGACAUCAGAGUCCCGUUCUUCGUGAGAGGACCCAACGUGGAGCAAGGCAGCAUUAACCCUCACAUUGUCCUGAACAUCGACCUGGCUCCAACCAUCCUGGACAUUGCUGGCCUCGACACUCCACCAGACAUGGACGGGAAGUCCAUACUGGCUCUACUGGACACUGACAAACCUGCCAACAGAUUCCAGGUGAGCAAGAAGCCGAAGGUGUGGAGAGACUCGUUUCUGGUGGAGAGAGGGAAGCUGCUGCACCAGCGUGUGGAGGGAAAGGAAGUGUCGCAGGAGGAGAACUUCCUGCCCAAACACCAACGAGUAAAAGACCUCUGCCAGAGAGCAGAGUACCAGACGCCCUGUCAGCAGACUGGACAGAAGUGGCAGUGUGUGGAGGAUGCCACUGGGAAGCUUCGGCUCUUCAAAUGUAAGAAUGAAGGGGGUGGGGCUAAAAACUUCCAGAGGGGCGUGGCCAGUCGUCAGCGUCCACUCAGCAUCAAGUCUCAGCUGUACCAUCAGACAUCUGCUGCCGCCUGUGACUGCGACCUGCGCGACCUCCGACCCCUGAACCUGCGGCCCUCCAUGAUGAGGCCGUUCAACAAGAAACCUUUCUUCUCCAAGAAGAAGUUCAAAGCCCUGAAGAGUUACUCCAGGAAUCGAUUCAGCCGCUCGGUCUCCAUGAUGAACGGUUACCCUGGUAACAACAGCAGGGCUCAGCCAAUAAGUGACGAGUCUGAGGACGACUUCAGCGGGAUGGGAGGAGUCCCCAACGGCGUGGCCCUGUCCAACUCCCUCAAAGUCACACACAGAUGUUCCAUUCUGUCCAACGCCACAGUGAAGUGCGACACGGGACUUUAUCAGUCUCUGCAGGCCUGGAAGGACCACAAGCUGCACAUCGACCACGAGAUUGAGACGCUGCAGACAAAGAUAAAGAACCUGCGAGAGGUCAGAGGUCACCUGAAGAAGGCUCGACCGCUGGAGUGUGACUGUAAUAAGUACCUGUACAAGUCCAAACUGAAGAGUAAGCUGAGGUACAGAGGAGGUGGGCUGCACCCCUUCAGGAAGGGCGGGGCUCGGGAUAAGAAGGCGUGGCUUCUAAAGGAGCAGAAGAGGAGGAAGAAGAUGAGGAAGAUGAUCAAGAGGAUCAGGAACAAUGACACAUGUUCGAUGCCUGGACUCACCUGCUUCACACACGACAACCAGCACUGGCACACUGCGCCCUACUGGACACUGGGUCCAUUCUGCGCCUGCACCAGCGCCAACAACAACACGUACUGGUGUCUGAGGACGAUCAACGAGACCCACAACUUCCUGUUCUGUGAGUUUGCCACCGGCUUCCUGGAGUACUUCGACCUCAACACAGACCCAUACCAGCUGAUGAACGCUGUCAGCUCUUUAGAUCGGACGGUUCUCAAUCAGCUUCACGUUCAGCUGAUGGAACUCAGAGGCUGCAGGGGACACAAGCAGUGCAAUCCUCGCACGCGCUCACUGGAUCAGGCAGGAGGGCCGACACAUGGCAGCUUUGAUGACUACAGGAUGUUUGAGAGGAGGAAGUGGCCGAGAAUCAAGAAGCCUUCAUCAUCUCGAACCCUGGGUCCGAUCUGGGACGGCUGGAAGGGCUGAGUCCCCUGAUCGGUUGGCGCAGGCUCCUGACCCCACCCACAGCAGCCUGAAAGAGCAGUCGGCGCUGGUCGAUGACCACGCCCCACUCUCAUCGACCAGCCAAUCAGCUUCCGCCAUCUCUAUGACAUCCUUCAUCCCUUCCACCCUGCUGCUCAGGAAGACGCUGGGACAGAACGCUCAACGCACCUCUUCAUCAGUUGCUUCUCCCUUCUCCUGCUUCUCCUCCUCCUCCUCCUCAACUUCUCACCUGUUUGAGGAGGACAGCUCUGGGUGGAGGAGCUGAGAGGAGGAGGAGGAGGAAGCCGUGGAUGAGGAGGGAAAGGAGGGUGAAGGUGAUGAAGAGGAGAAGGUGGAGGAGGAUUAGAAUAAACUCCACUGACAGUAAAAUAUCAGCAGCUUUUUGUGCCCUGAUUUAAGCCUCUCAGCUGAUACUAAAUCUGAAUCAUGACAAAACUGCCUUCUUAUUUAGUCAUUUCCGUCUGUUAUUUGAUUCUUUUGAGUUUUAUUUUCUUAGAACAAGCAAAAAAAAUCUGCCAGAGAGAUAGAAAUACUAUCAAAUAACUGAAAGGGUUGAAAUUGUGUCACUGCUCUGGUAAAUAUUUUCACCUGUUUUGAAUUAGUUUUGUUCUGAAAGGUCUUUGUUAUUUCCUGUUUCCUUUCAUUGGUAGACAUAUUUUAUAAUUCUGUCUGAAAAGCUGAAGAACAACUUUGUUUGUCAGAUUAAAAUGAGUAUUGCUGUUUUCUGAGAACCUCAUCAUUUCAACACAGAGCUUUUAUAGAAGAGAAACUUCCUCCUCCUGCUGCUCCUCUUCAGGUGACCCCCCCGCAGCAGCCAUGUUUGUUUUACAUAUUCAUAUUUAGUCUUUCUAACAGUCUGUAAGGACAUUAAAGGACCUCUUCUCCCUGAUGUUGCUUUUACUAAACCCAGACUGAGACGGAAGCAGACAAACUUCAAUGUCGAACACUGUGACAUCAUUUUAAACGUGAUGUCAUUUUUUGUUCUUUUUUUUUUUAAAUCUCUCCCACUAACUUGAGUGUUGGUUACCAUGGUGACCAGCGUCUUCACUGACGACAGAGCUGCAGGUGUACUAACCUGGUGACUGACUUCAGUACCCAUGAUGCAACACGGCAGCCCUGACAACAUCUGGAGAAAAAAAACAUGGGAAUCUGUGAGGAGCUGUCAACAUCUCAUGAGCCAAUCAAAAGAGGACGUGAUGAUGAUGUCACUGCAUCCUGAACUUGUUGCAGCAGUCAACUUAAAGCUGUUGCCUGCUUUUGUGAGACCACAUUUUGUAUUUUUUAUUAGUGUUAACCACCAGACAUCACCCUUCUGUACAAUCCAGCUGUUUACUCCCCUCAGCUGAUUUUGUAAAAGUUUAAGUUGUUGCUUGGCAACCGUUUCGUUCCUCAACCAAAUCCAAAUAAUGGUCAGGAAAUUCCAGUCUAAAAUCCAUGUAAGAUGCAAUUGUAGAGAAACACGAAUGGAUUCACAGAAAGAAUGAACUUAAGAUUUGAGAUUUAAAACAGCACACACUCCUGCUCUUCUGGUAACCUCCGCCGACUUCACGUUUUCUCACGUGUGAUUUGAUCUGCAGGAAGUGUUUGAAACCAUGAAGACAUGUGUGAGACAUGUGUGAGUGUCAGUGUUCACUUCCUGUGAUGCUGCUUUAUCCAGAUGUCUCCCUGAGGCCGAGGAGCUUCUUUCAAAGGUUCUGACAGCAGAGCAGGCACACUGAUUGGCCAGCCUGUAGCCAAUCAGUUAACAGCGCCAUUCCUGAUGUCUUUGGUAAAUUACAUCCUUGGGCUGAUGUAUUUUCUGCUCCCAAAUUGCUGAUUCAUCAAUAGACAUUUAAAUAUUCAAAGUUGGUCAUUUGUACCUUCAAACAGCCUAACUUCUCUCACAAGCAAUCAUUUUUGCCCUUCAGUGUCUGAAUGUCGCACUGAAGGGAAGAAAACAUUCAUCUUGAAGCAACGUUUUCUCCUCAGAAAGCCCCUUUAGAGCCCCAACAUCAACCUCAUGUUGUCGACUGAAGGAAGAGGAAACACGCUGCGCUCUAAAAUAUUUCAUUCUAACAGCAUUUCAGAGUGAUUUCUUCCUCUUUCGAGUUUUUUUAACCCCAAAUGUAUUUGCUCUGCGGUGCUAUUUGCUGUCUAACAACUUAUCUAGGAAAAACCUCCUGAUUGUGUUUGAAUGUAUUUGUAAAUGUUUAGGUGUGUUUCCUAAAGUCGAGAGUCCCAUUCUGGACCAGCACGUGGUUCUGAACUGGAUACACUCGCACUCACACACACACGCACACACACACACACACACACACACACACACACACACAUAUAAACUGAAGGACAAACUGCUGAGCACUUUGAUUGGAGGAUGACAGGAUGAAUGGACCAAUGGCGAGUUCAUGUUAGACGACACAUGAUGUGCAGCCAGUUAAUACUGAUGUAACACACCUGUACAGUCGUCCACUGACCUGUGGAUACAGUGAUUGGUUUUAGUUUGUGAAUAAAGUGUCGAAUGCCAAAAUGUA